UGACCUUUAGGUUGAUUAAAAAAAAUACACAAGUAUCUGAGAAUCCCCAAAGCCCAACCGACCAUAAGAAAGCAGCUGUCCGAUUUUAGUUUCGUUUCCCGCCGAUACGCUCGCACCCUUCAUCAAUCUUUCACUUCACCUUAUCGCUCCAAUAAUUUUCCGUUUGUUUCUCGAGAAAAUUCCGAUUUCUCUAAAUAGAAAAACAACGAUUACCCCAAUCUCCCACUGUCAGAAUACCCAAUCACAAUGUUCCCGAACACCGCAGCGCGACGGAGACUGGCUUCUGUGCUGCGGCCAUGGCUCCAGGAAGAGCCCGAACUGGAUCUCAAAUUAGGGGUUAUCAAUUCCCAUGCGGUCGCCAGGAACCUCCGGUUCGACACUGGGGCUCUCAACGAGCUCUUCGACGAAUCGGCCGAGUUUUCCUUCUCAGAGGUCACUGUCGAACACUUGAGCGUUCGGUUCUCGAACUGGCUCGUCCCUGCCUUCUCAAUCGAAUUUCAUGGCGUCAGUGUGGAGCUAGCAGUUCGGGAGGAGCAAAAUUUAAAGCGAAAACCGAGGGAGGAAUAUGCAGAAGAUGUGAAGAAGAAGAAGCUUUCGGAGAUGGAUCCCGAGGGUAGUGCUUUACAUGGUGUUUUUGAAAAGCUUGUGGCCACUUCUACUCCAACAAAAAGUUUUAAAGACACCCUUUGGAAUCUCUUACUGAAACACUGUCAGCUUCGAGUGCAAGAUAUCAAUGUACAAGUUAAGGUUCCCAUCUUAAAUGAUUCACUUGUUUCUGUGUUCGACGUAAGAGAUAUCAAUGCAGAUCCUCAGUAUCUUGAUCACAGGUGUCUUCUUCGAGGUCUAUUUGGUGCACUCUUUCUACCUUUGAAAGAGAGCUCUUUUGUUAUAGCAGGCAGUAGUUUUGAGGUGGGGUUCAAGAGAGAAAAUCAGCUCAAAAACGUGUUGUUAUUGACUGAUUUGUGCACUUGCAUUAGAUUAAAUAAUUUUCAGCUCGUGGAUGUAAAUCUUCAAUUUCCAGAAUUACGUUGUACAUUUUCUCCGGAUGACAUUUAUUGGUAUUCAGCAUUGGGUAAAUUGUCAUCCCAAGGAUCUCGUUCUGCUAGAAAUGGUGUCCAACUAUGGAAACUAGCUGCAAGAAAUAUGGACAACUUGACUUCAGGUUCUAGAUGGUCGUUGCAAAAAUUAGUUGGUCUUGUUUGUUUAUGGCUACGUUAUGCUAAUGCUUACGAGCAGUUAUUGUUAACAAUUGGAUUUUCUGAUGAUCACUCAUUGAAGAGAUCAGCUACUAGAAUUUCUCAGGACAAGAUGUUUUUGGCUUCUGUAAAGAACCAAUGCAAGGUGAUUUUUGAUAUAGAGAAACAGUUGCCGGCUGAAGCCAUUGUACAGGCAUGGAGAAUCGCCCGUCAUAGAGCAGCAUCAAAUGCUCAAUCUACCAAAGAUAGUUUAAAAAAAUCCUCCGUGAUUACUCACUUCGACUUCCUUCUCAAGAUCCUUCUGGUACUAGCCUGUACCUGGAGAGUUCUGUGCAAGAUAUUCCACUUUAUCAUACACUUGUUAACUUUUAGGAAAGUAUUGGACAAAGAGCCAGACAAUGCAAAUUUGGAUAUUGUUUCUGGAGGUCUGUGUAAAGAUUUUUGCUUCAUCGUGAUCUUUGGAAAUGUUCUAAUCACUAUUUCUCAUAUAAAUGAAGUUCAAAUCUCAGUAAAUAAACAAUUAGAAUCACAUAUUGGAAUCUCUUGUUCAGAUUUCCUUUCAUUUCGUCUUUCAGUUGAUUCGCUGUUCUUAAAAUAUGUAGAAGACAUGUGUGAACAGUCUGUACUUGUAUCAUGUGGGCAGUUGAAGGUUAGAUCCUCAUCUCUUUCGAAAGCUUCUGUUAGAGAAAUCAUUUCAAAUGUGGAAGAACAUUGGAAGGAGAGUAAUGAUGAUUUGAAGAAUAUUCUGUGGGGUGAGCCAGCACAAACUUUUCCCCUUUCAGAAACUUACGAAACUGCUUAUGCUGAUCAUGCAGAAGGUGCUUGUGCCUCAUUUUUGAAAACAUUUCUUGGAGACAUGUGGUUGAACUGGAAAAGAUCCUGCAAAAAAUUUGAAAAAAGUGAGAUUCAGUACUUUGAAAACCCAUUCCUUCUCUGUGAAAUUAAAAACUGGACAUAUCCAGACCUCAAAAACUCAGAGUCUGGGCUUUCGAAGUUGUUUUUGACUAUGGGAAAGUUGAAUCUAGUUUUGGGAUGUCCCUCCAUACUAUCGGUAUCUCUGCUCUUAAAGCAAAUACAACAUGCUCUAUGCUGGACGGAGGACAAUGGUCAGUCAGGGGUUCUGCUACAUUCUCCAAGAGCUAGUAAUGAUAGCAUUUGCACGCACUAUGCUAAUAGAUUGGAAAUGGCAUUGGUUAAGAUGCUUCCAGAGAAACAUGUUCAAAUAGGGAUAUUUGCAGCUGGUCCUCACAUCCGUAUGUCAUUGGGAAAGAGUUUUGGUCGUGGCAGCAAAGACAUAAAUCAUCAAGUGAGUCAGGAGGAUUUUCACCUUGCAUUUGAUGUGCACAGCAUAGAGGCUGCAGUAUGGCCAACCUCACAAUUUGAUCUGGCAUCAUUUGUUGCACCCUCAGGAGCUGAUGAUGUAGAAACAAAGUGCCUCAGGUUGGAGAAGCCUCUCGGAGUUGAUAAAUUUAAAUCAGAUAAUGGAAAGUAUCAAUCUCAGGGGUCAGUUUCUCUUGGUUUUUAUUUACACGUUGAUGGUUUAGAUGCUUACCUGAUUGACUCAGCAGGAAAAAAACAAAGUGACAUUUUAGUUCUGAAGCCAAUGACUGUGUGGAUGUCAUCCUUAAGGGAGUAUGCUCAUUCAUUUAGCACAAAUUUUGUUGCUCUCUCAGCAGCUUUCUAUGGGACAGCUGAAGGAUUCACUAUUUUGUCAUAUACAGAUGAGAUUUAUGUUUUCCUUCAGGUGCUUGCCAAUUUAUCUUCUGCAAUGUCAUAUUCAUUUAGCAGUUUUGCAGCUCUAAGUUACUCGCCUUUUAAGUUUGCAAUACAAGAAUUUGCUUUUCCUGAAUCUGAGAAUGUGGAGACAACUGUACAUGGAGCUCCCUUCAAUUAUAGCAGUUUCCUAGUUUCAUUUAAUGGGUCCUUCAAACUCAAGUCUAUCGAUAUCAUUCUUCACAAGUCAAGGAUCAGUGGUAAUCUGAAGAGUUGUAUAGGAACCUCUGAUGUUUCAAGUAGCAAAAAGUUAGCUGAUCAUGACUUGCCUGACUGUGGCAUUUGGAUAUCAAUUCACCAAACAACUGCUGAUAUAUCUUCAACAGAAGGAAAAGGGAAAGUUAUUUCUUAUUUAUCAGAAAUCCAGUCUAUAAUUUUUAGAUAUAAGAAUCAAAAAGGAGAAAGUAUGGAUCAUUCUGCACAUGGUGAUCUACUGCAAUCUCUUGAUUGCUUAUAUGAACUCUCACUUUCUAGUUGUGUAUUUCAUUUAUUGCUGCCUCUCUCUCAGAAUAACCCAUCUUCAGGUAGUGUUAGUAAUGCACUUGGUACCUCAACUUCUGUUGGUGAAAUAGUGCACGUGGAAAAUCUUCCAUUCACCACUGAUUCUGAAAGCCCAAAUAGUCAGAACUGUAGCUUUUUUCAGGAGACAGAAUUUGCUUCAAAUAUUCCACCACCUGAUGCAAGUCAUUGGUUACUGAUAAAUGUUACAUUGGGUUAUAUUUAUAUGGGAAGGUACUCAACAAAGAAUGUUAUGAACGGAGAUCAAUUAAACAAGUUUGUGUCUUCAGUUUAUGUUGGUGGUGAAUUUCAGACAAUCUGUUGCGGAAUUCAGGGUGGUUUUCUGUUCCUUGAAAUAAAAGCUUUGGCUACCUUCAUCAACUGUUUUGCUUCAUAUCGUCUUUGUUUUGCAAAUCUUGUAUCUUGUUUACGAUCGUCUGAUGAACACAUUGAAGAAGCUGCAGUUUCUGUGCAUAUGACCAGACAAAAUAAUCAUUGUAUCGACGAAUAUAUGCAAGAGGCUCACUGUACAUCUCGACAUGCCAAGAUCACACAGAUGGAAGCUUUCAUCUUAAAUCUAUCUCAGUUUUCUUGUGCUCUUUUGAUUGAAGACGAAAAUGGUGGUUUGCAGGAAAUUGUUCUUGAGGUUGAUGUCCAGUUUAAGUUUCAAUUGGAAAACAUGAGAAGAAAACUUAUAUUUGAUCUUUCUCGCUUGUCAAUACUUUCUAGGGUCUUUCAAGAAAUUGUGGAAAAUGAAAUCCAAAUUUCUCAUUUUUCUGUUAAUGAUGCAUGUUCUUCAAGAGAUCCUGGUUCAGAGGAUGAGUAUUCUGUACCUAAUUCCCUGCCUGAGGCAUUCCGUCUAAGUCAUGUCGUGAAGCAUGCAGGUGCUCUCAUGUCAAUUGAGAUGCCUUUAAGUGAUCCUUUGUGCUUGAAUGAGGUUUGGGUUGGAAGUGGAUCUAUUUCAGGUUUCGAUAUCACAAUAUCCCUAUCUCAAAUACAGGUGCUUUUGUCUAUGAUUUCAUCCUUCUCUGAGGUAACCAAAAAAGAGAUGGUCAGUGAAUCGGAUAGAAGGCACAUGUCCAGUGGCGAGGAAUUCAAAAACAGUAUGGAGACGUUGGUUCCGAACGGUGCAAUAGUGGCAAUUCAAGAUGUCCAUCAGCACAUGUAUUUUACCGUUGAGGGGGAGGAGAAUAAGUACAGUGUGGCGGGUGCAGUUCAUUAUUCUCUUGUUGGGGAAAGGGCUCUUUUCAGGGUCAAGUAUCAAAAUCAAGGGAGAUGGAAGUCAUCAGUUUCAUGGUUCUCCUUGAUAUCAUUGUACGCUAAGAAUGGCACAGGGGAGCCUUUGCGCUUGAAUUACCGUCCAGGAUCUUGUUUUGUUGACUUAUCUAGCGCUAAUGAUAAUAGGUGGGCACUUUGGAGAGCACUUUCUUGUGAGCCUGAAAAUACUGACGGUGACAUUGACUGGGAGCCCAACAAUCAAUUGGUUCAAAAGACAUUUUACCUCUUGAACAAGAAGAAUGACUCUGCUGUUGCUUUCGUAGAUGGGAUUCCAGAGUUUGUUCCCAAGCCUGGAAAUCCAUUCAAGUUGAAAGUGUUCCAUAAUGUUUCUGUAGCUCGUGAUGUAAAGAUGGAUAGUUACCUUGGGGAGGCAUCUGUAACUGGUCUGCAACAUGAUGCACUCAGGGAUGAUGGAAAAACUUCUGUGAGAAGUGGAAAGCUUCCUUGCAUUGAUAUUACCUUUGACAAUAUUUCUUUGACCGUUUUCCAUGAACUUGUAGAUACAAAAAACAUGUUUCCUCUCCUUCGUGGUUGCAUUGACAGAACCAAACUUACUGUCCAAAUUCUCCCUUCUAAAACGAGGGUGAUAAGCACGUCAACUGCACUUCUAGAUUACUUUGAUGCACAAAAAAACUUAUGGAGAGAGAUUCUCCACCCAGUUGAAAUAUGCAUCUUCUAUCGUUCUAGCUUCCAGCUUCAGGGAUCUGAAGCUGUUUCGCGAGUACCUGUUCAUAUUCACUGCAGAACUAAAGAGUUGAAUGUAUCCCUAUCCGAGCUUUCAAUGGACAUACUUCUCUUUGUAAUCGGGAAAUUACAUUUAGCUGGUCCUUAUUCAGUGAAAAGUACUAAAAUUUGGGCCAAUUGCUGCAAGGUGGUGAACCAGUCAGGAUUGAACCUUCUAUGUCACUUCUUUGACAAGCAAAGUGUAACAGUUUCCAAAAGGCAGUCUGCGUCCAUUAUUUUAAGAAGGUGCUCUGAUUUGGAAAACAAACCUUCAGAAAUUGCGUCAGUUGCAUCAAUCCAACUCACUGAUCCUAAUAGAUCUUUUAUGACUAAAUCAAUUGAGGUCUCUCUUUUAGAUGCUCGAGUACUUGCUUCGAGAACACGCAUAACAUCACUUCAGGAUUCAAGAACUUACCCUGGGCCAUUUGUUGUUGUUGAUGUUUCAAGGAAGUCCGAGGAUGGGUUGUCAAUUGUUAUUUCUCCUCUGACAAGAAUACAUAAUGAAACCGGACUGCCUGUAAAGCUACGAUUUCGACGAGCUCAGCAGAAGGAAGAUGAGUUUGCUUCUGAGGUGCUAAAUGUGGGUGAUACAGUUGAUGACUCCAUGGCCAUGUUUGGUGCUAUAAAUCUGUCUGGUGGAGAAAAAAAGGCACUGAUGUCUUUAGCUGUUGGUGACUUCUUGUUGUCUUUUAGACCUGAAAUUUCAGAUGGGUUAAUGAAUUCCAAGAAUCCACUCAUAGUGGAAUGGUCAGAUGAUCUUAAAGGUGGAAAGGCAGUCCGUCUCUCUGGAAUUUUUGAUAGAUUAAGUUACAGAGUGCGGAAUGCUUUGUUUACCGAAUCGGUGAAAUGUUCCUUCAGCACUGCAUAUUGUAUCCUUAAAUCUGACGGGUCCAGUAUUUCCAACAUGCAUUUUCUAGUUCAGAGUAUUGGGAGAAGUGUUCCUGUUGUAGAACCUAAUAGGUCUACGGAUGGUCUUGAAAAUAGCAAAUUACCAGUUGCACUGCAAGAGCAAAAGGAUAUUUAUCUUCUUCCUACUGUACGUGUAUCCAAUUUGUUGCACACUGAGAUACAUGUUUUCUUAAGUGAAUCAGAUCGAUGUUCCACUACUGGGUCUGACAACAACAGAAAUCAAUCAACUGUGUCAUGUGGUUCGACGGUUGACUUUUAUGCGAAUCCAUCCAUAAUUUACUUUACUGUUACUUUGACUGCUUAUAAUACAAGCUGCAAACCAGUGAACAGCAGUGAUUGGGUAAAAAAGUUACUGAAGCAGAAGAGUGAUGUCCCUUGUUUGGACAUUGAUCUGGAAUUUGGUGGGGGAAAACAUUUUGCUUCCUUAAGAUUGUCUCGAGGGAACAGGGGCACGCUAGAGGCUGCUAUUUUCACGUCAUAUUCCCUGAGAAAUGAUACAGAGUUUACCCUUUAUUUCUUUGCCCCUAAUAAGAAGCCUCUUUCUAGGGAUGAAGUUGAGAACUAUGGUUCUAGCAUUCCUCCAGAGGUGGGAUUAUAUUUGCCUCCAAAGUCAAUUGGAUCGUGGUUUUUACGACCCAACAAAGUGUCUCUCAAAUUUCUGAAAGAUAAUGCAUCAGAGACACUGAUCGACUUGGAUGCUUUAUCGGGCCUUGCGGAAGUAAGCUUGGAAGUGGAGGACGGAUCUGGAGUCAAAUAUAUUACAAAGCUUGGGGUUUCCACGGGACCACCUUUGAGUAAAGUGGUCGUUCCAUCACAAAUAGUAACGAUGGUCCCAAGACAUGUUGUAGUUAAUGAAUCAGAAGAAAGUAUCCAAGUUCGUCAAUGUUAUUUACAGGAUGACUCAGUAGGCAUGAUCCUCAUAAGCAGUAAGCAGAGGGCAGCUCUCCAGCUUCGGGAUGGAUUCAAGAAGAGAGAGUUCGGUUUAUUUGAGCAUAUUAUGAAGAAGCACAGAAAAGUUAAUGAAGAUUCACUAAUAUAUCUCCAGUUUCGGUUGCAUGAGUCUGAAUUAGGUUGGUCAGGGCCAAUAUGCAUUGCUUCUCUGGGAAGAUUUUUCCUCAAAUUCAAAAAGCCUUGUAUGGACCAAGUGACAGCAGUAGAAAGCAAUGUAACAGAAUUUGCUGCUGUUCAUGUUGUGGAAGAAGGUUCUUCUCUUGUGUUACGCUUCCAUAAACCUCCAAACGUCAGUCUACCAUAUCGAAUAGAGAAUCGCUUGUGUGAUGUAUCUGUAACUUACUACCAGAAGGAUUCAUUGGAGCCUGAGAUUCUUGGAUCUGAAAGUGGUACCGAUUAUGUCUGGGAUGAUUCGACUCUCCCUCAUAAGUUGGUUGUCAGAAUCAAUGAUAGUCUUCUGCUACGUGAAAUUAACUUGGAUAAGGUGAGGGCAUGGAAGCCUUUCUACAAACCAAGGCAACAGAGUGGGUUGGCAUCUCAUUUACCAUUGGGCAAGAGAUCAGGAGAACAGGGAAUUGAUUUUGGUGAGUUAAAUGCCAGGGAGAUGAUGAAGGUGGGGUAUGAAGUAUAUGCAGACGGUCCAACUAGAGUUUUAAGAUUUUGUGAGAUUUCCAGGAGCCACAAGGGCGAUAAAUCAUUUCAUUCAUGUCAGAAAAUUCAACUAAGAGUUCCUCAAUUUACAAUCCACCUACUUGAACAGGAAAAAAAGGAUGGAGAUGAAACGGGACCUUCAGCUUAUACACCAAUCAUAGCUGCAAGAAUUGGGAAUGUUAACUUUGAUUCUCUCUUUACUUAUGAGCAAAAGUUCUGCCAGAUCUGUGUACAGUCACUUAAUCUGGAGCACAAGUGGGUGGGAGCUCCUUUUGCGGCAAUGCUUCGUAGACAUGAGUUAGACUACAAUGAUUCAAAUGACUGUGUACUCAAAAUUGUUGUUGUCUUCCUUUCAACUAGCUCCAAUGUCGUACAAGUUAAAUACUCAUCUAUUGCUCUGCAGCCAAUGGAUUUAAAUCUUGACGAGGAGACAUUGAUGAAACUCGUACCAUUUUGGAGAACAUCUCUUAAUGAUUCGAAGAGUGGGCAAUAUUAUUUUGACCAUCUUGAGAUCCACCCAAUAAAGAUUUAUGCCAACUUUCUUCCUGGGGACUCGUAUUCAAGUUAUAGCUCAGCCGAAGAGACUCUGAGGUCCUUACUGCACAGUGUAGUAAAGGUCCCUGCAAUAAAGAAUAAGGUUGUAGAGCUCAACGGCAUUAUGAUCACUCAUGCUUUGAUAACGAUGCGUGAAUUAGUUAUCAAAUGUGCACAACAUUAUUCAUGGUAUGGCAUGAGGGCUGUCUAUAUUGCAAAAGGAAGUCCAUUGCUUCCACCAGAUUUUGUGUCGAUUUUUGAUGAUCUGGCGUCAUCCUCUCUUGAUGUGUUUUUUGAUCCUUCUCGUGGGUUAAAGAAUCUCCCAGGUUUGACGUUAGGCACGUUCAAAUUAAUCAGUAAAUGUAUUGAUGGUAAAGGGUUCUCAGGGACAAAACGCUAUUUUGGUGAUCUAGAAAAAUCUUUGAGAACAGCUGGGACAAAUGUACUCUUUGCUGCAGUCACAGAGAUAUCAGACUCUGUUUUGAAAGGUGCAGAAGCAAGUGGUUUCAACGGAGUGGUGACUGGCUUUCACCAAGGAAUACUGAAAUUGGCUAUGGAGCCAUCACUACUGGGGACUGCGUUGAUGGAAGGUGGCCCAGAUAGAAAGAUUAAGCUUGACCGGAGUCCUGCGGCUGAUGAGUUAUAUAUUGAAGGAUACUUACAAGCCAUGUUGGACACUGUGUAUCGACAGGAGUAUCUGAGAGUCAGGGUCAUUGACAAUCAGGUUUACCUCAAAAACCUACCCCCAAACAGUUCCCUCAUAGAGGAGAUUAUGGAUCGGGUGAAGGGGUUUCUUGUGAGCAAGGCAUUGCUAAAAGGAGAUCCUUCAGCAGCAUCUCGCCCGCUGAGUCGUCUUCGAGGUGAAAAUGAAUGGAGGCUCGGACCAACAGUGCUUACGUUGUGCGAGCACCUCUUCGUAAGCUUCGCCAUCCGGUUGCUGAGGAAGCAAGCAAACAAGUUCAUCUCCAACAUCAAGUGGAAAUCCGAAGACAACAAUCCUAGUGCAGUUGUCCCAGCAAGCCAACCACCCAAGUUUGUUGCCGGCCUCAAAUGGGGCGUCGGCAAGUUUGUUCUGUCAGGGAUUGUAGCAUAUGUAGACGGUCGGUUGUGUCGCUGUAUCCCUAACCCUGUGGCUCGCCGCAUUGUCAGCGGCUUUCUGUUGACUUUCCUUGACAACAUAACAAUAACAAUCCAUGAAAUAUCCACGUGGGUUUAAAUAUAGUUUUUUUUUACCGCA